GAUGCUGCGCGGAGACCCUUUGCACCCCUGCGAACAUGGCGCUGCGAGUGGCGCGCAGCGUGCGGGCCGCGAUCUGCAGCCUGUGCGCCAUCUCUGCGCCCAACGCGCCUUGCCCGCUGCGGCCCUGGGGACUGCGGGCGGGCGCCGUCCGGGCGCUGCGCACCGGCCCCGCUCUGCUGUCGGGUCGUAAAUUCACAGACAAACAUGAAUGGGUAACAACAGAAAACGGUGUUGGAACAGUGGGAAUCAGCAAUUUUGCACAGGAAGCUUUGGGAGAUGUUGUUUACUGUAGUCUGCCUGAAGUUGGGACAAAAUUGAACAAACAGGAAUUUGGUGCUUUGGAAAGUGUGAAAGCUGCUAGUGAACUCUAUUCUCCUCUAUCAGGAGAAGUAACUAAAAUUAAUGAAGCUCUAGCAGAAAAUCCAGGACUUGUCAACAAAUCUUGUUAUGAAGAUGGUUGGCUGAUCAAGAUGACACUCACUAACCCUUCAGAACUAGAUGAACUAAUGAGUGAAGAAGCAUAUGAGAAAUACAUAAAAUCUAUUGAGGAGUGAAAAUGGAACCCCUAAAUAAACUAGUUUGAAACAACUUAAUCUAGCAUAGUUGUCUUAAAUUAGUGGUGGAUAGAUUUUUAAAAAGCAACUUUUAGCAAAAGAAACUACUUGAAACAAUGUUGCCUGAAGAAAAUACCCCUUAACUUCCUAAUGAUUUCAGAUAAACACUAUGCAUCUUUUUCACAACACCCUGUGAUUUUUA